AAAUCAGACAAAACCAGCUCAGCCCUACUGCCAUCAGUGUGGGAGUUACCAUUCUAGUAUAUGUUUUAAGGCUACUAGAGCAUGUUUUGGUUGUGGUCAAUCUGGUUAUCUUAGGAGAGAUUAUCCAAAUGCUAGAGGAGGCUUUGCUCCAGGUAUUGCACGUCCUACAACACCAAUGCCAUCAUCUUCAGCUAUGUCUAUUGGAAAUUCUUCUGGUCCUAGUGGCAGAGGAGCAGGUGGCAGGGGUCAGACUUAUAACAGAGGAGGGAGCCAAAGAGGAAGAGGUCAGGCACGUGUGUACGCUUUAACACGUCAAGAUGCUCAAGCUUCUCAUGCUGUGGUGGCAAGUACUUUACAAGUUUGUUCUUUAGAUGCUCGAGUGUUAUUUGAUACGGGUUCUCAUUAUUCAUAUGUAUCUCCACAUCUUGCAUAUCGUUUCGAUAAACAACCUGAACUGUUAUCCCACCCAUUUCAUGUUGGCACUCCGCUUGGAGUCUCCACGGUGGUUUGAGUCAUGUUUCGGUCUGUAAGAAUUAAUACGGUUGAA